GACCUGCAAGUUUCUAGUCAGUUGUGAGAAAAUCAAGGUGCUGUGAAGAGUUUCACGUGUUCUGAUUGACUACUGAAAGAAACAGAGUACCAGACGAGAUAAAUUCAUUACCAAUGAACCUAUAUAGGAAUUUUGGGAAUCUCCUGGAGAGUUGGGUGACCGAAGGAUACCAGGAUUUAUACUUACAGCCUGGACCUGAUGUGGACAGAUUAGAUUCCAUUUCUAGGGACUCCGUCCCACUAUCCAAUGUAAAAUCAGAAUCCGAGGACUCUGGAUUUGAGACGGUUAGUACAACCAGUCCCUGUCAUUCUCACCAGUGUAGUGCAUUGAUGUCUGAGGAAUCACAGCCAGUUUUUGGCUCUACAGAGGAUGAAGUUCAACCUUCAUCCCCGUCUCCUUCUAUUUGCUCCUCCUCAUCCUCAAGUGUCGAUCUCAGCUCUGUGGCUCCAAAAACGACAUGUCUGGAGGUGGAGCAAGCCUUGAGAAGGACAGAUUCACUCUCAUGGAGAAGACCGCCACAUCAGAUGGAAAGGGGGACCACUGGGCCACUGUAUUGCUCUAACACAGCCUCUUUUCCAACCAGCUUUCACUCUAACAGCUCCAGACCACAUCAUCGGUUUGCUCGUCCAAGAAGAACUCAUUCACAACCAUCAGAUCCCAAGAAAGCAGCACUGUACAGAAAACGCCUAAAAUUACAUCAACAUGGCCAAACAGUACACAGCCAGUUGGAGCAGCUUGCAGGCGGUGAUCAAUACAGGCUGGACAAGCUGUCUCCAGGGUUGCUGUACCUGGAGCAGGUGUGCAGGAUGCUAGAGAACAUUGCAAAGCUACAGCAGCAAAACUACAGCCUCCAGAAAGAGGUGGAGAUCCUGAAGAGUCAGCAUGCUGAAAUAGAGUGUGGAAGCUUGCAUGAGGAGGAAAUAAGCUAUCCUGCCAGUCAAGGUUUACAGAUUCUGGGUCAUGAAGAUCCACCCAGCGAAUCGACUCACCUAAAAGAACCCAUGGUGUUUCGUCACAGAUCAGUAUCUGACACUCAGGCAGCUGUCGGCCAUCACAGGAGAGCAAGGUUUGUUCGAGAUGAACCUAUUACAGAAGUCUUAGUCGAGGAACCUGAUGGUAAAGAUCCUCUACCAGGAAAUGAGCACAAAAAGCUGAGUAAGAUCCAAAAGCUGAAAUUCACAUCCUUUAGAAGGCAGGAAACACAACAGUCUGACAGAGAAAGCAAAAGCUUUCAGCCUAAGAAGAAAACAAGAAUGCCAAGCUUUUUCAGUAGGACUAGUAUGACGACACGUCUCUAACAUUAAUGCCACAUUGAUGCCUAGUAAUAGUGGCAGAUGCACACCUCCCAUUCACCUAGGGAUUAUGGCACUUUUAUAUGUAUAGCUUGUUUUAGUCAAGUAUUUAAGGCUGUACUAAUAGUAUUUAUGUACUUAAUGGAUAAUUGUUUAGUUUGUUGUCAGUGCACUUUGUAUUUGUUAAUCCUAUUGUAUUUAAAUUUGCUAUGUAAAUUACUGCCAAUGUUAAGUUUUCAUUACUAGAUCCAUUCAUUGUAUUAUAG